AUGAAGGUCAUUGCGAUUAUCGCUGCUCUCGUAGCUGUUGCUGCUGCUUCUCCUGUUGCGGAGCCUAGCGAGCUCCAACGCCGAUCCUGCGCGAGCGACUGUUCCAAUCUUGCAUCCACUGCUUGCCUCAAGUCUUGCAAAGGUGCUACCAGCCCCAGCUGCCAUGUUGCCUGCUACAACGCCAGAUACGCACAAUGUCGUCGCGAAUACUGCUAG